AUUAUAAUGAAUUAUAGGAUUGAAAAAGCUGAUUUAUAUAUUAGAUAGCAUAGAAUAAUUGAAUUGUUUGAAGACUUGACAACAGCAAUCUCUUAUGAAUAACCAACAGACAUAAAAAAGUUUUUAAUUGAAUAAUUGCAGUUAAAAUAAAAAUUCGGUUUCAAAACAGGAUUAUUCAAACCAGAGGAGAUUGAUAACAUUUUUACGGUAAAUAAAAUUAAGCAUUAUUUUUAGUUAUUUGAUUUAAAAUAAGAUGGAUGGAUUUCAAAAAAAUAAGCAAUAGAUGCUUUUAAAGUGAUGGCUGCUUCAUAAUAUUAAUUAAAGGAUGAAUCUAUUUUUCCAGAAAAAGUAACAAAAAAACAAUUUGCAGAUAUAGUUGGAGAACAUUUAGGAAUAAAAUGA